AUGGAAGAUUUCGCCCAUCAAUUGUGGCUCUUGACUUGGGACGGUGAGUUGUGCAACUGCCCGAAAAAGGACGGGGCCAAGAGGGUCCUAGACGUCGGAACGGGAACCGGAAUCUGGGCCAUGGACUACGCCGAUGCUCAUCCCGAGGCAACGGUUUAUGGAGUCGAUCUGAGCCCAAUCCAGCCGGGUUUCGUCCCUCCCAACUGUCAUUUCGAGAUUGAUGACGUGGACAAAGAAUGGACUUUCUCACAGCCGUUCGACUUCGUCUUUAUGAGAGCCAUGAUUGGAAGUUUCCGCGACUGGCCCAAGGUCCUUGCUCAGGCAUACGAGAAUUUGGAGCCAGGCGGAUACUUCGAGAUCCAAGACAAUCACUUCCCUGUCGUCUGCGACGACGACACCCUCACCGAAGACUCGUACAUGCUGAAGUGGACGCAGUACCUCAUUGAAGCCACCGACAAAAUCGGCCAGCCUAUCAACGUGGCGACCUCGUUUCAGAAACUUGUAGAAGACGCCGGCUUCGUGGACGUUGAGGUACGCCACGUGGUCUGGCCGACAAGUGCAUGGCCGAAGGACCCCAAGCUUGCGGAAAUUGGAAAAUGGUGUCGGACCAGCUUUAUGCAGGGCCUGGACGGCAUCUGUCUUGCCUACUUCACCCGCGUCCUUGGAUGGACGAAGGAGGAGGUCAUCGUGUUCUGCUCUCAGGUGCGGAAUGAGGUGAGAAAGGGCAAGAUUCACGGUUACUUCCCGGUGUACUCCGUUUGGGGCAGGAAGCCGGAGAAGGAGGCUUCAGAGGGACCACAGUAA